UCUUGUACAUGCCUGCAGCGAGCUGCAGAACCCUGGGAGGGUAUACUACUGAGACUCCGGCGCGGCGGCGGCAGCUGGUGUGACUCCAACAGUUUUCCACAGAAACGCCAUUGCCUUCCUACAGCGUCACCUAGCGGUGUGUCCAGGUGAAGAGUCAGAGCUGUGUGGGCGGAUUCUUUCACCCUUCUGCUCCAAGAUGGCUUUCAGAGAAUUCUGCCCCAGCAAUAAUACAGAAGAUAAGAUUAUGGAACACUCCCUUGGAGUUCCUAAGAAGGAGGGCUUUACUACUUCACCUCCAAGAUUAAAAUUUUAUAACCAUGAAAGCCAAGGCUGGCACGGCAACCAUACCCACCAUUUCUACGCUGAACUAGAGAACUUCGGGAAGGGAAAUGUGUAUUCGUCUUCUGUAAUAUUGGUAUGUGUAGUCUUAGGCCUGGUCCUCACCAUCUCCUGCGUCACCAUCAUCCUGGCCAAGAAGGCCUGGCGGCUCCAGCCCCGCCGUCCUCCCUGCCGCCGCCGCUACUACUACCGUGGAGACGCCGAGGCUGACCAAGACUACCAGGAGCACUCCUUCUGCCGCCGUGGGAUACGCUGCUCCUGCAGCCUCAGGGGAGACCGGUUCAGCUCUCUGCACCGGCUGCACAUGGAUGCUCCACCAAGCUACGAAGAGUGCAUGGGGCCAGGGGCCACUCAGCUGUACCCCCCCACGGAGGCACCACCUCCCUACUCGCUGAUAGACACCGACAGCGGCCACAGCUCCGGCGGACACCAGCAGGCGCACAGUGACCUCUUCACCAUCUCCAUGGAUGCCCUGCCCCCUUACGAGGCUGUGUGUGGGCCUUGCCCUCCACCGAGCCUGCUGCCACUGCCAGCCUCAGAACCAGAGCCAAGCAGCCUCCAGGGCCCACCGAGCCCAAAAGGAAGCCUGGCUUCCAGCCCAGAGAUGAUUGUGUGAAUGCCAGCAGGCCACGUCCUGCCAGUCCCUAGGGGCUGAGAAAGACCUUUCGGGAAUACAGGGAGCGCGUGCACGCACACAUAUACACACACGCAGACACAAACUCAUGCACACACACAGACACAUUCACACACAU